CGCGUUGAGAGGCAAAGGGGGAAGAGGGAGGCGCCGUGAUCGCGCCCGCCGUGUCCGCUGCCCGCCUGCCUGUUAGUGAGGAGUCAGGACUGACAGCCAGCUGUGGUGCGGCGACCGCGACAACAACCGCAGCUUUUAUUCCCCGCUGGAACCUUUACACCGUGUUUGGAGCCUCUCCUGUGUUGCCGACUCGAAGGGACACGACGCCCCCCCACCCCCAAAUAAAACCCAAACGGCAGUGUCGUUGGUGGUGCUAGCAAGCUAAAGACGAGCAUUCCUUCAACAUGAAUCCGCUGUGUAACAGAUGUAACCGAGUCGUCUACCCCACGGAAAAAGUCAAUUGUCUGGAUAAGUACUGGCAUAAAGGAUGCUUCACCUGCGAGGUCUGCAAAAUGACUCUAAACAUGACGAAUUACAGAGGUUUUGAAAAGAGACCAUACUGCAAUGCACACUACCCCAGGACAGGCUUCACCUGUGUGGCUGACACUCCAGAGAACAUCCGUCUCAAACAGCAGAGCAAGAUGCAAAGCCAGGCUCGCUACAGGGAGGAUUUUGAAAAGAACAAAGGGAAAUCUUUCACCGUGGUCACAGACACGCCAGAGCUGCAGAGACUUAAGAAAUCGCAGGACCAAGUCAGCAAUAUCAAGUACCAUGAGGAGUUUGAGAAGAGUAAGACUCCACAUCCGCAAGGCAAUCCCAGCCCAGCUGCUUUCCAGCCCAUGGCAGUCCCUCAGAACUACCACCGUGAUCCUCACCCUGAGCCUGUCUCCCAGGCGGCAGCUGCCCCGCCUCCCAGUGCUGCUGGGAAGCGGUACCGGGCGGUGUACGACUACGCCGCCGCCGACGAGGACGAGGUGUCCUUCAUGGACGGCGACGUGAUCGUGGACGUGCAGCAGAUCGACGUGGGCUGGAUGUACGGCCGCGUGGAGCGCACCGGCCAGCAGGGCAUGCUGCCCGCCAACUACGUGGAGGCCAUCUGAGAGGAGGAUGAGAAAGGAAGGAAAGGAUUUAAAAAAAAAAAAAAAAAGCCCAGUGCCAUCUCAUAUUAAAUGCCGCUUCUCUUAAUUUAACCUCAUUUGACCCUUUCCCCUUUCUCUCUCACUCUCUCUUUCUCUCCCUAACCUCAAGACUUCUUCUGUCCACUUUCUUGUCAGUCCGUGCUGAUGUCUGUCUCUAUUUGGGUGUGUCUCCUCAUCCCUCCAUCUCGUCACGCAGCUCCAUCCUCGCUACAGCACUUAACUUCCCCACCUCCAAGACAGAUCUUUCUUUCUUUCUUUAGCAGUUUUUUUUCUUUUCUGACUGGAACGUGUGUUUCAUCUCCAAACUCGACGCUCAAACACUUGUACAUUCCUUUGACCUCCGUCCCAUGGAGGAGUUUUUGAACUAUAUAUAUAUAUAUAUAUAUAUAUAUAUAUAUAUAUAUAUAUAUACUGUGUUAAUUGGAUUCUCCAGAGAAUAGUGCUCGAUACCGUGGUAGAGCGCAAUAUGUAUGUGUGGGAAAAAUCACAAGACUACUUCAUCUCUACAGAACUGUUUCAUGAGUGGUUCUCUCAAUCAUCAGGAGUUUUUUUUUUUUUUCCUGACGAUUGAGGGAACCCCUCAUGAAACAGUUCUGUAGAGAUGAAGUAGUCUUGUGAUUUUUCCCACAACAUAUAUAUAUAGUCUUAAUUGGAUUAUCCAGAGAAUAGUGCUCGAUACUGUGGUAGAGCACAAUAUGUAUGUGUGGGAAAAAUCACAAGACUACUUCAUCUCUACAGAACUGUUUCAUGAGGGGUUCUCUCAAUCAUCAGAUUUUUUUUUUUCCUGACGAUUGAGGGAACCCCUCAUGAAACAGUUCUGUAGAGAUGAACUAUUCUUGUGAUUUUUCCCACAACAUAUAUGUAUAUAGUCUUAAUUGGAUUAUCCAGAGAAUAGUGCUUGAUACUGUGGUAGAGCACAAUAUGUAUGUGUGGGGAAAAAUCACAAGACUACUUUAUCUCUACAGAACUGUUUCAUGAGGGGUUCUCUCAAUCGUCAGGAGAUUUUUAUUUUUUUUUUCCUGACGAUUGAGGGAACCCCUCAUGAAACAGUUCUGUAGAGAUGAACUAGUCUUGUGAUUUUUCCCACAACAUAUAUAUGUCUUGAUUGGAUUAUCCAGAGAAUAGUGCUCGAUACCGUGGUAGGGCGCAAUACGUAUGUGUGGGAAAAAUCACAAGAUUACUUCAUCCCUUGAGGGAACCCCUCAUGAAACAGUUCUGUAGAGAUGAAGUAAUCUUGUGAUUUUUCCCACACAUAUAUAUAUACAUAUAUAUAUAUAUACAUACCUGUCUAGCUAAUGUGACGCCCACAUUGUGGGUCAUGUUCAACUGGAAAAGCACAGCUCCUGCUGUUUCCCCUCAAGACAUCCUACUUCCUGUUUGCUCCGAAAUGGCGUUGACUUUUCCGUCUUUUUUCGUCGCCGUUUUUGCCUAUAAUGUUGGCAGAGAAAAGAGGUGGAGCCAAGCACAACUUAUCGUUUUUAACUGCGAGGACACUUUUUCCGUCUUAUCUUCAGUAAAUGUCUGUCUCCUUCCUCCUCACUCACGCUGUCCUUCCUUCGUCUUUGUUGUGAUAGCCAGAUGCUUAUUUUCAAAAAAAGAAAAGGAUAAAAAAAAAGUGUAUUAAACGAAUAAACCAGCAAUUCAAGUUUGGGUAGUCGGAGUUGGACGUCGCUUGGAAGGAGGGGGGGGCGGUGUGAGCGUUUGUCCGUGUAAAUAGUCUCCUUUUCUGACUGCGCUGGGGAAAGUGCGGUGUUUGGGGGCGCUCCCUAUGUAGCCAGGGGACAUUUUGUACCACGGUGUAUGCAUCGUUGAGGUCAACUGUGGACGCCGCGCCUGUGCAUCGGUGGGGGAAUCUUUUUACAUGGUGUAUGAAAGCAUCACAGGCUUUUUUUUUUCUUGUCAGUUUGGGCAUUCACACAUUUCCGAUGACUUCUAAAGGGAGGAACGCAAAGUUUUUGAUCAGAUUGCUAUAGCUACUAAUGCCAUUCCGGACGUUAUUUGUACGAAGAUCCUAAAGACAAGCAGUGUUAGGAUGGUCUCGAGUGAAGGUGCCUGUCAGUCAACCAAGGUAUUUUGUUUCGGUUUUUUUUACAUCCAAUUUUUGCUCAUCAAAAACGUAGCGCCACCUUGUCAUUCACGCGCUUGUCCUCGCCGUCUGCUGAACCUGUUGUUCCCUUCAGCCUUCAUCGCCCCUCUGUGCUUUCUUCCUCAUCAUUCCGAUCUUCUCGCCAUUCUGCUUUAUGUACCGUAGGAAUCAUGUUAUUUGCAAGUGGAGCGUGCAGACCAGUUUUGUGCAAUUCAUCUUGAAAUUUUUUUGUUUCGGUAUGGUUUUGUUAUUUUACAAAAUGGAAUAAAGAUAGCAUAUGCAUAUUGACACCGUGUCAAAAAUUUAAACAAAAAAGAAAAAAAAAUGCAGCAUUCUCAGAUGUUAGGACCUGAAAUCAUCUCCUGUCAGCACUUCAUCUGUACUGAUGACUCUGCAGAUUCAAUAAAAAUGUCAUUUUUCUCAA